ACAACUUUGUCAUGAAUCCCCCAUGGCAUGAACAUUGAUGUUAUUUUUAUAUACAUUUAAAAUACUGGAAACAACUUACUCGAGGACUUUUGGCAUCUACAUAUUUUUCAUAAACGUUUAACAUAAAAAGCAGAAUGCCAAAAGCACCAAAGUCUCAGGUGAGCAAAGCUGUCCAUCCACACAGUAGAAGGGCAACAGUGCUUCGGAAAAAGUUGAACAGAGAGCAGCGGGUAAUGAAAUCAAAGGUGGAAACAACCUUGAAACAGGACCAGCUGCAGCAGAAACUUGUCUGGUUUCAGGAGAAUUUAGAUGCACAGAAGGCAACAUACACUAAACAUGAACUAGCAGAGCUGACAAGUAGAUAUCUGAACAGAUUCGAUGACCAGCUAGAGCAGAUAAGCAUUGUAAACUCUAUUGGUAAUAGACAAGGAAAUUCACAUGUUGCCAGAGAAAAUGCAAUUAAAUUGACACUGGAAACAGAAUGUCAUGAAUUUGAAACAGUUGGUAUUGAAGUGCCAGACUUAAUAAAUGGGAAAGCUCUUUCCAUUUUUAAAACCUGGACUGGUGAAGCGAGAUAUCACCCUAAUAUUAAAUUAAGGAGGUCGAAGAAAAUUGAUUUAAAGUCUAGUGAGAAUGAAGAAUUGUCAGAAAUGGAAGGUGACUCUAAAUCUGUUGAAGCUGAUGAUACUGACCUACCUGACUAUGUGAGUGAGGAUGAUACAGACAAGGAAACAUCCUGAUCCCUUCCAGUCAGAAGUAACAUUUGAAUACAAUAUGAAUGUUUUCUAUGUUGUUUUAUUUAAAAAAACAACCUGAUUUGUUCACAAACUAAAGGCAGCCAUUGUAUUGGAAAGCUCUUGUACAAUUAAAAACUUUUUGUCUUCCCAUUUUAAUAAAGCAAUGACCGAUAUGUGAAAGAGAGCACUUUCAAUUGCUAUGUGAUUUUUGUGGAUGAGUUUGGAAUUAAUUGUA